UUAACAAGUGCUGUGAUAUAGAUUUAUAUAAAUUUAACAAAAUGUCGAAUCCCUGGAAGAAAGUACCUGCACCUGCUGAAGUUAAGUGUUUAUCAGAUAUUAUGAAAGAAGAAUUAAAGUUUUCCGAGCAGCUUUCAAACCAGGAUGUGAGAACGUCGAAGAAUAUACCACAAGAAUUGUUACAAGAAUCAAAUGUAAAGGAAUGUUGCGACUUUAAAGUAUCAGUGCCGUACGUUAACUAUUUCAACGUCCCUCAAAAAGUGAUUGACGAUUCAGAUUCUGAAGAUUCUGAAGAUGAUGUCAUUAAUAGAAGUAAGAAAGAUUGUGAUCAAAUAGCAGCUUUUGAAAAAGAGUUCGGUUACCUGCCUCGUCGCGGACACGUCUCGACAGGUGGUAAGGUCAUCACAAAAAAUGUUACUGUAUUAAGGAAACAAACUCGCAAACAGAAAAUGGCUUAUUAUAAAGUUAGCCAAGCCACUGCCGACUUGGGUAUAGACGAAGAAAGCAAAAUUAUAUUGCACAAACUAAUAGUUAGUGAAGUGCUGGAUGAUAUAGGUGGGAUCAUCACGACUGGCAGAAAAUCAGUUGUGUUACAUGCAAAUGGUAACACUAACAACCCUGACUUAACAGUUCCUAAAGAAUGUGCAAUCAAGGUUUUUAAGACACCUAAGGAGUUAAAAAUUCAAGAUAAGUAUAUAGAACCAGACUACCACUUAGACGAGUCCAUGCAAAAUCCUCGUAAAAUUGUUGAUACUUGGUCUGAGAAAGAGAUGCACAACAUGAUUCGCCUGAAGAAGAUUGGCCUGAACUGCCCUGAUAUAGUGCGUCUGAAGAAAAAUGUCUUGGUGAUGUCUUUCAUAGGUAUAAACGCUAAACCUGCCCUGACAUUGAGGGAAGCCCUUUUGAAACCAGAGCAAUGGCAGAGUGCAUACAAUGAGGUUGUGGAAGCAGUACAUAAGUUGUACAAUGUUGGGCACUUGAUCCAUGCUGAUUUGUCAGAAAACAAUAUUCUGUGGUGGGACAAUAAAUGCUGGUUUAUUGAUGUGUCACAGUCAGUCCUGCCAGACCAUCCUAAAGCCCUGAGAUCCCUGCUGAGGGACUGUUGUAAUAUAGCCCAUUUCUUUAUGAAAAAAGGUGUGCCUGAUGUGAUGCCUCCUGUAAAGCUCUUCAAGUCCAUCACAGGUUUUAAUGAGAUUGAUUUGAAUUUCAUAAAAUUCAUUCGAACAAGUUACAACCCUUUGACAUCACGCUUUGAAAUAGCACCAGCUGACAACAAAAACGUCAUCUACCCAUUUGACCACUACUGGAAGAAGUCUAGUGAGCCCAAAGCUAAGAGUGAUAUAAGUGCUGGUGCAUAAGACAAGGAUGAAGAGAUGUGGUUCAACUUCAUGAAAACAAAGGCUGUAGACUCAGCCAAGUCUACAGAUUGUGGCCAAGAAAGUCAACUUCAGCAAUAUGUUACCCAUCACAAAUGAUGUAAAAUGUAGUACAGAUAAUUCUCAAAUCAGUAUAAAAGAGCAACGUGUUUUUCUGUAAUUCAUUACAAACUAUUUUUUAACAUUAUGAAACGAUGCAACAGUUUACGCAACCGGAGUCCUUAAUCAUGAGCUAACGCCUCGUCAGCUCAUGAUAAAGGCCUCUGGUUGGGUCCGGAACUAGUCAAUAUCUUUUAUCGGGCAAUCUCGACUAAUACGCGUAAGUAUACCCUUGCAUAAUAUAAUAAUGAGUCAUGUACUAUAAAAAUAUUUAUCACGUAAAAAACGACAAUAAUCAAUGACAUGUGCAGAUGACAUAUUGAUGUGAGUAUUACACACAACUUAUUAGACAUUAGUUGAUUGGUCAAAAUGGAUAAAUCAUUAAAUGCACAUUAUACAGUCUGUU